GCACGCGCCGCUACAACCCGCAGCCUCUCCUGACCUGCUGCAGAGCAGAGGCUCGCCGUGUUCCUCCCUGCUGCUGCUGCUGCUGCCUCACACCCAAACUUCACCACGGAUGAAUAUGUCAUAUAGUCAGUGCGCCUCCGACUGCGGGCUACAUUCGGGGAUAGUUUAAGUGGAUAGCUGCUGUCUGUCCGUGCUGUCCACCAUGCUGCGGCCGUGGAUCACAGCGCUGCUGCUGUGUGGUGCGGUGGCGCAGUACUCCAGCGACCUGUGCAGCUGGAGAGGGAGUGGUUUGAGCCACGAGUCUCAUCGCAGAGAUGUGGAACAGGUCUACCUCCGCUGCUCUGAGGGGACUCUGGAGUGGCUCUAUCCCACAGGGGCCAUCAUUGUUAACCUGCGGCCAAACAUGGAGCCUUCAUCUGGACACAUGGCAAGUCUCCACGUGUGCAUCAAGUCCCAGCCCUACUCCCAGGGCUCUCAUUUGUACUUGGAGCAUAAGGGGGAUCUGAAGCUGCUGCUUGCAGACGAGGACCGGGGUCAGGGCGCGGUGCUCUGUUUCAGUCUGGCAGAGGGAGCUCUGUUCGUGGAGGCCGUUCCACAGACGGACAUCAGCCGGAGGAUUACAGCUUUUCAGUAUGAGCUGGUGCCCAGUCGAGGACCAGGGGCACACAUGUACUCGUACCUCCAUCCUGGCUCAGUCACUUGUAAACCCUGUUCUGAUGAAGACGUCCUCAUGGCUGUGUGUACCGGUGACUUUGCUGCCAGCGGCGUUUUAGAAGGAGUGGCGUCGGGUACAAAUGAGCAAUCCCCGGUUUUGGUGACCCUGAGCCGACUGUUUCAUCAGAAAAGUGGAGUGUUUACUCGGGACGGGCCCAGAGGACGGGCCUGGAGCGGACGUGUCAAUGUUCCCGCAAAAUGCGCUGUGCGUCCAGGAAGAGACGAGUACCUCUUGACUGGCUCUGUCCAUUUUGGCGAGGCCUGGCUUGGCUGUGCACCUCGCUACAAGGACUUUUUAAAGCUUUACACCAGAGCUCAGAAAGCAGGAACAAACCCCUGUCAUAUAGACACAAAACGUCAGAGACUUCUUCACCGCUCUGGGUAAAACUUCUCAAAAAGUCAUCAGUCUAGAUGAGUAACGAGGAACAGGCUGAAUUUUGGAGGAAGGACCAAUAAGACCCUCCAGAACCUGUUCCCUAAACUCUGUGUAAAAUGUACAUUGGUGUCUAACUCAUUAGCAUUUUUUUUGUUAUUGUUAAGAUGAUAUUGCUCAUUCUUGAAAUGAAAGUGUGCUUUGUAAAAAGCUUUUUUGUAAAAUUAGGAGUCUUCUGACAGAAGUGUAUAGUACGCAGCUCUGUGAGUCUACAUGUAACUACAUUUGUGUGCAUUUUGUUAACGAGUUCAAAGGGUCUUAGCAUAUUUUCAGUGAAAUAAAUCUCGAGUCCUUCUGUUGCAAAUGUUACACAGUUGAGGCAUUUUUGUGAAUGCACUGGAAUAAAGUUUGUUCUAUAUUAUAUAUGUA